AUGGCCCCGAAAAAGUCUACCAGAGGUAGAAAACGACAGGAGAAAGUCGACACAACCAUCAAGGCUGAGCCCCGGGCCAGCUCAGUUCCAGUCAGUCGCAAAGACAUGAUCAAUAAGCUGAAGGAUCAGAAAGCCUACUUUUCCCAGACAAUCCAACGCCGAAAGCAGAACCUUCGAAGCUUGAAUCGUGCUGUGGCAGCUCUGAAAAUCCAUCUCGGCACUUUGCAGGAUGUCGCCACCAGCAAUAAUAACCUGAUUGCUGAGGUUGAAGAAGACAUGCGAUUCAAAGAUGAUCCUUCUGCCGAUGGCUCCGAUGAGGAUAAUAGGAAGGAGAUGAAGAACCGCGCCACUAGCUCUCGUGCGAAAAGGAAUUCGGGCCAGCAAAUCCAAAGCACACAGGCUUGA